GAGGGGCCCCAGGCAGAUCCAGGAUCGGCUUAUUACUGGGGUUGGGAGCCCUCUUUUUUUCAGGUGGGGCCACCGGCUCGCAGGAAAGAUCUGGGUGUCUGUCCACGCGCGUCCGGGAAUGUAAAAGGGGUCACCUGAUUGGGUGGCUGUACUUCACGCGUGUCCAUGUACCUGGGCGUCCUCCUCCAAGCGUGUUUCCUGUGCAACAUGGAGUGCCUCCUUGCUUCCACUUUUGCCCCAGCGAUCUUUUUAAAGCACAAAUCAGAUGGUGCCCCUCGUACAGGUCAAACCCUUUCGUAGCUCCCCUUCCAUCCUGCUGAGAUGAAAAUUCGAAGUCCUCCAGUCCCUGCAUCAUCUCACCCAUUGCCGACCUCACUGCUCUCCACUUAGCUCCUGGCUCAGAGCACUCAGCCACAUCAGCCUCCCUGCUGACAUAAAAUGUAAAAAGCAAGCCCCAGGCCUUUGCAGGGUCUGGCAUGCUGUAUGCCUUCAACCAGUCGGUGUUUGCUCACAUCUGAGUCCUCUGUCCAACUGUCUCUGUCCGAGCGGCUGUCCCUUUCUUUACAUGUAUGUGAUCCCUAGAGCAUGAAUAAUCCCCUACCUCUUUUCCCCAGGUGUUCUUCUUACCAUCCACCUCUCCUGAUUCUGCCCUUUUCCUCUCUCCCCUGCCCAGAUAUCCAGAAAUUAUUCCAAAGGAUGCAGGGCAGGAGGAUGACUUAAUUGGCCUGUGGCUGACCUGAGCCCACGCUGAGCUCCCCCUGAACUAACCAGAGAUUUGUCAGUGACCCACCGCCACAUCCACUAAGGGGCACAUAAGACAGAGGAAGCUGGAGUCCAGGAGACUCUUAAGAUGAAGGCCAGGCCUGGCCCUGCUGACAAACAGGAAGUGCACAGGCAUCCAGGAGACACACCUGGCGUUCAGAUGAGGAAGACUGAUACCUGCUGGAAGUACAAAGCACAGCCCCUGCACCCUCUGCCCCCAAGAGCUCCAUGCAGGUGCCAGAGGAUGGAGAGGACUUGGCUGGUCAAUCCUGGUACCAUGGCCCCCUGUCCCGCCAGAAGGCUGAGGCUCUUCUCCAGCAAGAUGGUGACUUCUUAGUUCGGGCAUCCGGGUCCCGAGGGGGCCACCCUGUGAUCUCCUGCCGCUGGCGGGGCUCAGCCCUACACUUUGAGGUGCUCCGAGUGACCCUGCGUCCCCGGCCAGGCCGGCCCACAGCCCUCUUUCAGCUGGAGGAUGAGCGUUUCCCAAGCCUGCCUGCCCUGGUGCGCAGCUAUGUGACUGGCCAGCGUCCACUGUCCCAGGCCACGGGGGCUGUGGCCUCUAGGCCAGUGAUGCGACAAGGACCAAUUCGACGCAGCUUUAGUGAGAACAGCCUUUCAGAAAGCCCAGCCCAGACAGAGCCACUCAGGGCUAGGAAGCGGAGUGACAGUCAGCCUGUGGGUUUGGAGCAUGUGGGGCACCCAACAGAAGACCACCCUGGACCAGGAGCCUCCACUGUGCCCGCAUCUGCAUUGCCUCGGACAGGAAGUGACCCUGUGUUGCUAAAGACUCCAGCUCUCCUGGGGUCCAUUGGUGACAACCUGAGGGCCUCCGAUGGGCAGCUUCAUGCCAAGGCACCAACCAAGCCACCUCGAACACCUUCACUGAUGCUGCCUGAUGCCUCUGGACGCUCCCCAACGUACUGUGAGCUGGUGCCCCGAGUGCCUAGGGUCCAUGGAACACCCCCUGGCCACAGCUGCCCAGAGCCAGAGGCACCAUGGUGGGAGGCCAAUGAAGAGGAAGAGGAGGAGGAGCAAAGAUGUUUUGCAAGACCACAGGGUGAGGUCUCUUUCUGUCCCCCUGACAACCUCUCCUGCCUGCUGGGCCCCCAGAAUCGGCCUCUGGAACCUAAAGCCCUGCGCAUUCUCCGUGGCCUGUUCCUGGAGCACCAUCCUGGGAGCACUGCCCUCCACCUGCUAUUGGUGGACUGCCAGGUGGGUCCCCUACCAGGUAGGGCUGAAGCCAGGGCAUGGCCCAGUCUCACCUCAUACCCAUUUACUCAUUCUGCUCCUCUGAACUCCCUACUCUUACCCCUCCCCCACCGCCAGGCGACAGGCCUCCUGGGGGUGACCAAGGCUCAGCGGGGCGCCAUGGGGGUUGCCUCUGGUCUGGAGCUGCUCACUCUUCCCCAUGGACAUCGCCUGAGGUUGGAACUGCUGGAGAGGCUCGAGACGCUGGCGUUGGCGGGGGCGCUGGCAGUGCUGGGCUGCGCGGGACCGCUGGAGGAGCGCGCUGCCGCCCUGAAGGGCCUGGUGGAGCUGGCUCUGGCGCUGCGGCCAGGGGUGGCGGGGGACCUGCCCGGACUGGCUGCGGUCAUGGGCGCCUUGCUCAUGCCCCAGGUGUCGCGGUUGGAACGCACGUGGCGCCAGCUCCGGAGGAGCCACACGGAGGCUGCGCUGGCCUUCGAGCAGGAGCUGAAGCCGCUAAUGCGGACGCUGGAUGAGGGCACCGGACCUUGCGACCCGGGCGAGGUGGCGCUGCCGCACGUGGCACCCGUGGUGCGCCUGCUGGAGGGCGAGGAAGUCCCGGGGCCCUUGGACGAGAGCUGCGAGCGGCUGCUGCGCACCCUGGACCGGGCGCGUCAGAUGGCCCGGGACGCGCCCAGAUUCCGCGAGGCGACAGCCCGGCGCCUGCGAGGAUUCCAGCCCAACCCUGAGCUGAAAGAGGCCCUGACCACCGGUUUCUUGCGGAGGCUGCUCUGGGGAAGCAGAGGGGCUGGGGCACCGUGGGUCACACGUCUCGACAAGUUCCAGCACGUCCUCAGUGUCCUGUCGCAGCGCCUGGAGCCUGACCUUUGAAAGCACAGAUCCACUUCUUCACGCGGCGAUACCCAGUCUUCCAGGGAUCCCCAGUGUCCUCAGGCAGCCAAAUGCAGUGGGACCUGCACCCAGCUUCACAGAAGGGACGGGUCCUGGUUUGCAAGAACGCACCCUGCACCCUAAAACUGCGCACGAAUCCUAAGGGAGGGCAGCCUGCUUCCGCCUAUGAGAAGACCCGACGUCUGGAGGUUCUGAAUGCCCUUUCUCACCGCCCAUGCCCACACCCCCCUCAACAUAUCCCACAAGUGGUGAAUGUGAGGCUUUGAAUGUUAAAGAGAACUCGCAGAUCUGUAAGAGGCCAGAGUUUAAAUCCAUUUUAAAUGCUGUGUGACUUCCAGCAGAUCACUUGACCUCUCUCUCUAUCCCCGCCUUCAACAUAAAAGUGAGACUGUGUACUUUCCAGGGGUUGUCAUGGGGAUUAAAGCUCAGCAUUCGAAUGAGA